CACUAAACUACCAAACGUCAUUUCUUAAUGCUUACUUGUAAUCCGAUGAUCUGAAACAUUAGACAAGUCAAAUGUUUGAAUCGCACGUUUCUCAGCUGGACAUUUUGCCUAUAAAUACCCCAAACACGCUUCACCCACUUCACCAUCACAUUCUCUUCGCAAGAUAAAAGCUCGAGCCCCGGCAAGCAAAUAAAAACCACCCACAAACUCCGUCCACACCCCCAUCUCUCUAUAUCAUCGAUGACGUUCUCUUGCGCGCCAACGUUGAAAAGAAGCAGAGAUGACUGUGAAAGGAUGAGCUUGGACAUGGCGAAAUGCCUCAUGCUUCUCUCCCACGGCAUCAGCACAAACCCUAAAAGAGCCGCCACGCAUCACGACGAAGACACCUUCGAGUGUAAGACAUGCAAUCGCCGGUUCUCUUCGUUCCAGGCGCUCGGCGGCCACCGGGCAAGCCACAAGAAGCCGAAGCUGCCGGAGACGAAGCCUGUAGACAGCACCAAGUUGGCUUUGGGCUCGACGGCGAAGCCCAAGAUGCACGAAUGCUCAAUUUGCGGGAUGAAGUUCUCGCUGGGGCAAGCCUUGGGAGGCCACAUGAGGAGGCACAGGGCUGAACUGAUGAGCGGGAGCAUGAUGAAGGUAGACGAGCUUUUCAUGGUUGGUUCGACGAUCCCGGUGUUGAAGAGGUCGAAUAGCAGCAAUAAGAGGGUUAUGGGGCUGGACUUGAACUUGACUCCUCUUGAGAAUGACCUCAAGUUAUUGUUUGGCAAGAUGGCUCCGAAGAUAGAACCCUUGCUCCUGUAAUUCUGAUUCCUUGUUCUCAUUCAUUCAUUUGCUGUAAAAAGAGAGUCCUACUUGGACCGACUGAGUUUAGGGGCUCUUGUAAAUCAUCCUAGAUUUCGAGUUCAAUCAUUCUUUUAUCUCUUGUUGUAUUUUUACC